AUGUCGCACAGCUGCGGAUUCUGUGGCAAGAUGUUCCCUUCAAAGGGAAGCGUCAAAAAGCAUAUAUCUAUUCGCCCUGAAUGUAAAGAAAAAUGGGAGUCAAUGGUGGAAGACACAGACAGCGAAGGUGGCCUACCGGACCUCUCAUUCAAUCAUUCAUCUCCGCUUCGCUGCUCACGCUCAACAUCUUUCGAUCCUCAUGACAACCCGGCAGCCUCAAAAACUCGGCAGGUGACUGCAGAAGAUGUUGCCGAUGAAGACGAGGACAAUGUGAUAGUCGAUAACAGGCGAUAUUUUGAGCAGUGCCCUGAUGCCAGCUGGACAUUGCGGGAGGGGCAAACUAAGUUUGAAAGACGGUUAACAUUUGUCACCAGGGAGGAAUGGGAACUUGCAGAAUGGCUUAUCAGAAGCCUCAGGCAGACCCAUACAGACGAGUUCCUGAAGUUACCAAUAACUCAAAACCGAACACAGCCGUCCUUUCACAAUAACCGAUCCUUCCUGCAGAAAGUUGACAAGCUUCCACAUGGACCUGCAUGGAGUUGCAAGAAGGUCAGCAUUCAGGGAAACCAAACUGAUGAGAAUGGCUGGUUAUUGCACGAGGAUGUCGAGCUUUGGACACGGGACCCUGUAGAGUGCAUCAGAGAUCUCAUCGGUAAUCCUUUAUUUAAGGAACACAUGGUAUAUGCACCAGCACAAGCAUACAAGGACCACAAAGGACUUCACCCGCCACUGACCUGCAAUGUUCAGAAACAACUGCCGAAAGGUGCAACUAUUGCACCUGUCAUUCUCGCGUCAGACAAGACAUGUCUGUUGCAGUUCCGAAGUGACAAAUCUGCGUGGCCUGUGUAUCUUUCGAUAGGGAACAUCGCAAAAGAAAAACGAAGGGAGAUGUCACUCGAUUGUUUCACAUCAGAUUCACGAUCCCUUGCUAGUUACAGACUCUUCCACCAUUACAGUGUUGAAAUGGUCUGUGCUGACUUGAUGGUCCGUCGAAUAUACCCUAUCCUUGCGGCUUAUGUGGCGGAUUUUCUGGAACAAUGUCUUGUGGCAUGUUGCAAAGAGAAUCGCUGCCCAAAGUGCCUGGUUGCAGCGGAUGAAAGAGGCGAUCCACUGAGGUCGCCAAUGUGGGACCCCCAGUUGAUAAAAGAGAUCUUAGAGAAGCGAAAAAAGGGUCAACAUCCAAAUGAAUUCGAAGACUUUGGAUUACGCACCGUCUACAGUCCUUUCUGGGCCAAUCUCCCGCACACAGACAUAUUCCUUGCUUUUACGCCUGACCUCCUACACCAGCUCCACAAGGGUGUCUUCAAAGAUCACUUGGUGAAAUGGUGUCUUGAAAUUGUUGGCGAAGCCGAGAUGGAUGCACGCUUCAAGGCAAUACCAGACUAUCCAGGUCUUCGGCACUUCAAAAAAGGAAUAUCAGCAGUAAAACAAUGGACAGGCACGGAACACAAACAAAUGCAACGUGUUUUUGUAGGGUUACUUGCCGGCGCUGUCCCAAGUCAAGUCCUGGUAGUCUCACGAGCUAUCUUAGAUUUUUCUUACUUUGCACAGCUCCGAACACACACAUCUGACACCCUUGAAUAUCUGGAGAACGCCCUUGCAGUAUUUCACGCCAACAAGGAUAUUCUGCACGAACUUGAUGUUCGUGAACAUUUUAAUAUUCCUAAACUACACCAACUCUCGCACUAUGUCCAACCAAUCUCGUUGUAUGGUACCACUGACGGUUUCAACACGGAACUUCCAGAACACCUCCAUAUCGACUUCGCUAAGGAAGCCUAUCGGGCUAGCAACAAGCGGGAUUAUGAGGAACAAAUGGCUCUGUGGCUUCAACGCCAGGAAGCCGUGUUCUUGCACAAUUCCUAUCUCGAAUGGCUGUCUGUGCAGUCUCAGUCAGCCACCAUAGCUGGCUCGGAUUCCGAGAUGGAAGACUUGCAAUUUGAGUCUCGUGCUGCCCCCGCCAAAGCACCUCCUGUCAUUGGGCAAUGUGUACUCCAUGUUCUCGCCAAGGCUCCUGCGCACCCUCGGACAUCUGUUCAGCAGCUCAUCACUGCACAUGGCGCAGUCUCAUUUCUCCCAGCCCUCAAACUCUUCUUACACAAGCAUAUGCCACAAAAUCACAUUGUCCCUGGUCCACAAGAUCGUUUUGACAUUUUCCGGCAAGUUGUCAUUGUCGCUCCGCUGGAUCCGCGGGUAGGUGAAUCACCACGGCGAUGGCGCAUCAGAGCAACACCCGAAGUACCUCCUGGUCCUGGCCGGAAGCCAGGAUCCCCUGCCAAAUUUGAUAUGGCGCUGAUCAACAAUGGCGCUGAUCAACAAUGGCGCUCGGACCACAAAUGCGCACAAGUGGCACAAGUCCAUGUCAUUUUCACACUGCCUCAUCAGUUUAUGCAGGUAUACAUGCCUAGCGCCAAUAUGAUUGUCACACCAGACCCCUUCUCUGGCCUGCUUCAGGUAUCUCGUUCGACUCAACGACUGCAUCAAAACGCAGCCGUGAUUCAUGUUGACGAAAUUCUUCGUCCAUGUCACCUAAUACCAAAAAUGGGACAAUCCAUCAACCCCGGGUGGACAAGUGCAAACGCCUAUGAGUUGGCAACUGAUUUUUAUCUGAAUACAUUCAUUGACUUAGAUAGUUUUUGUAUUUCCGCUAUUACUUAG